CGCCCCUGGCUCUGGUGAAGAAACAUUAAACUACUUAUUACUAACAUAUCAACCUGUAGAUGAUUGACAGAUUCAGAUUAUCUGCUGGACAAUCUGCCGUUUAUCCAAAUAUUUAGUCGAUAACCUACAAAAAGAAGAAACCUCUCGCAUGUCUCACGGACUCUGUCCUCUCCUUUAACCAGACGCAGUUGAGCCGUGCUCUGUAUUUCCCACCGCCCCUGAACGCAGCACCGCCCCUCUCACGGUGAGUCCGCCUCUGCGCUCCAACCGAGAGCCGCCGACUGACUGACGGGCUGCGUGGGGAUCCGGUGUGGGCGCAGCGGAGGACUUUCCUAUAAAAGCCGGGAUCCCACGGCUGGACGAGCUUGUCUCAGUGUCCUCGGCAGACAGACACGUCCUCCCGCCGCUGCUCGGAUCCACCGUCUCCGCCUCAACCGGAGGAAAUCUUAGUCUAUGGUUGUGACUGACGCUCCAACAAGGAUGUCCCGGACCGACGAGGUGCACCGUAUAACGGAGAAUGUCUACAAGUCCAUCAUGGAGCAGUUCAACCCCUGCCUGCGCAACUUCAUCGCCAUGGGGAAAAGCUACGAGAAGGCGCUCACCAGUGUCACAUACGCUGCAAAGGGCUACUUCGACGCUCUGGUGCGGAUGGGUGAGAUGGCCAGCGAAAGUCAAGGCUCUAAGGAUCUUGAGGAGGCAGCAUGGGAGGUGCUCUUUCAGAUGGCUGAAGUGCACAGACAGAUCCAGAUCCAGCUUGAAGAGAUGCUCAAGUCCUUCCACAACGAGCUGCUCACGGAGCUGGAGAAGAAGGUCGAGUUGGACGCACGCUACCUGAACGCUGCGCUGAAGAAGUACCAGAUGGAGCACAAGAGCAAAGGGGAGAGUUUGGAGAAGUGCCAGGCAGAGCUGAAAAAACUGCGCCGAAAGAGCCAGGGCAGCAAGCACCCGUCCAAGUAUGGAGACAAGGAGAUGCAGUACGUGGAGGCCAUCAGCAACAAGCAGAGCGAGCUGGACAACUACAUCGCCGAGGGCUACAAGAACGCUCUGUCCGAGGAGAGGAGGAGGUACUGCUUCCUGGUGGACCGUCAGUGCGCCGUCGCCAAGAACAGCAGCGUCUACCACGGAAAGGGGAAAGAUCUUUUAUCCCAGAAGAUCCCAGUGUGGCAGCAGGCGUGUGCCGAGCCCAACAAACUGCCAGACCGUGCCAUGUUCCUGGCCCAGCAGAUGAGCGGUGCGGCGGGCGCCAUGGUCCCCGGUCAUCACCCAGGCAUGCCCAUCUCCGAGCCCAUCCCCGGUGCUAAACCCCUGCCGGUGCCUCCAGAGCUGGCGGCCCUCAGAGCCAGCGGAGGGAUGGGACAGCAGAGGCUGAUGGGUGUGGAGGGGGGCAUGCCGGUGAUGAACGGCACCGCCGGCGCUCAUGGAGGAGAGGACUACCAGCAGUGGAUGGAGGGCAAAGUGGCCCAGGGCAAAGUCUCACCACAGACCCAGCGGCACGGAGGGGAGGUCUACUCCAACACACUGCCUGUACGCAAGGUCGCCCCCGCCAAGGGCAAGACCACUCUGACGGAGACCCGCACACUGCCACGCUCCAGCUCCAUGGCGGCGGGACUGGAGAGAAACGGGAGGACCCGAGUUCAGGCCAUCUUCUCCCACGCAGCUGGAGACAACAGCACCCUGCUCAGCUUCUUCGAGGGCGACAUCGUGACCCUGCUGGUCCCCGAGGCCCGCGACGGGUGGCACUACGGAGAGAACGAGAAGACCAGGAUGCGCGGCUGGUUUCCCUUCUCCUACACCCGGGUCAUCGCUGAAGGUGACGGCAACUCCAUGAGGCAACUUCGAGUACACAACCUCCACGGGAAGAGCAGCAGCACAGGGAACCUUCUAGAGAGAGAGGACAUGGCUCUCCCCGCCCCUGAUUACGGCACCCAGUCCCGCAUGGCGGCACAGAGCGCCGCUGCGUUGCACGGCAGACAACAACGCCCCUACAGCGUGGCGGGACCAGGCUUCUCACAGCAGGCGGUUGAAGAGUACGAGCCUCGCUUCCCCACAAGUUUCUUCUCUCGUCCUCACAGCGAUGAUCUGCCCAUCGAGCCGGCCGUGGAGGCUCCGCCCAAACCACCCCUUUCUGAUGAUGAGGAGGAGGAGGAAGUGGAGGAAGAGCAGCCUGAUGAAGCUCACUAUGACUCCCUGGAGAAGGCCUCCACUCCCCCGGAGGAGGAGUAAUGAGCUCUGUGUUGAUUUAAAGCAGCUGCAGAAGGAUCUCUGGUCCCUCAGCUGUGAAGCUCUGAUUCAACCACAGUAUAGUGUUUCUAUAGAGAUACAAUUAUUACGACCAGCAAAUGAAGUGCAACAUAAAUAUCCACAUUUACAGUUUAGUUGAGUGAUGAUGUAAAUGAAAGUUAGACCUGAUUCAUGUUUGAUUUUCUAGCACACUAAAAGCCGGAUGAAUUCUUGAAUUUGCUCUUGAUUGUUUCCCUCAGAGUUGUAUCACAUUUAUGAGUGAUCAUGAUGGACAGCAGUGGAUUUCUUCAAGGAGCAUGUGGUGAUAUAAGAAUAUACGUUAGCCUGCACAGCUCACUUGGUUCAUAUUUCUGCCUCUUACAUCGUAUCACCGCUCAGAGACUGACAACUGGCUCCUCAUAUAGACUGACAGGAUCUGCAGCCGGCCUGAGAAGUUGCUCGACGACGUCUGUGUGGUUUUAUAAUACAGCUUCUUCCCCCGCCUCGUCCACAAAAGGGCUUUACAUCUCGUCAGGUGUUUCACCUUUUAGCCUCACCUGCUAAUACUGCCUCCUCACAGGGCGAACGUGCAACUCAUGUUGGUGCUGCGUGAACACUGUUACACACACCUGGUGAAGCACAGAGAAGUCUGUGAUGUGUCUGGACAAAGACGGAUAAUCUAAAGUAGGACUGGUCGGAGAGAAACUGAAACACAGCAGAGACAGUAGACUAGCCAGAAAAAUCAGCAGUGUCUGUGGAAUAAAUUCAUGCUGAGUGAUAGCAUCAUAACCGAUAAGCACACGACUCAUAGUACUGUUUAUUCAGCUGAUUAUGUACUGACAGGAAGUCCUAUAUUCUGCAAUAAUAGUUGUACAGUAAUAUUGCACUGUAAUCAGAUUACAUUGAUUUGAUGUUUGAUUAAUAUUGUGUACAAGCUGUUUGUAAGAUCUUCAACAGAGUAAUGAAAUCAUACGAUCAACAGAGACAAACGUGAUUACAUAUUGUCUUCUGUCAUGUUUAAGAAAACUGAUGUAGAGAGACGAGCAGUCAGGAACCCACUGAUCAGGUUAUUGUUAGUUACACUGAGCUGAUGAUGAUAUUGGCCUUUCAUUAAAAAACAAUGGUUCUGUGUGUAACGUUUUACGUGUUAAUCAUUUGUAUCUAUCUGUGGCUACAGAGAUACAGAUGCUGACAGAUGCUGACUGCAGUUCACGUAACAGCCUCAGAAAGAGGAGAACUCACUGAUAACAAGGAUUUUAAUAAAGUUACAUACAGAACCUUUAAAGGCUUGAGAUCUUGAGAUACAUGUCUCUCAGAGUCUAGCCUCCACAACACGACGGGGAUGAAAUAACUUUAAUUUGUGGUGCUCACAAAAAGCUGAAAUGAAUGAAACCCCAUUGUCCUUCAUUAUGUUGGAGUGGGGACAGAAACCUCAGAGGUGUAUACCAACAUUUGGACGCCACGAGCGGUGAAUCAGACACUAUGGUUUGUUUUGUUUUUUUGGAAUUUGAGUGAGUCUGCUGUUAAACUUUGCCCCCUGAUAAUCUGAUGCAAGUGAGGAUAUGUACGAAUUGUUAAACUUUAAGUGGAACUGUCGAGUGGUUUCCCUUUCACAACUCAUAAAAAUUAACACUAAGGUUUAAGAGCUUGACAGUCUGUUUUAAAUGGGGACACUGAUUUUAAAAACUGAUUCGAAUCAUCUGAUAUUAAAGCACUGCAUGAUAAAGUUGUAAGUAUGAAGCACAUUUUUAAUUUGCUUUUAAGUUUUGCCACUUGUGCUGCAGACGACACAGCUCCAGCAAAAUGUGCCUUAGUUUAAUUUUUCUAAAUGUGAAAGGGAAUUCAUCUCACAAUAAUGAGUUUCUCACAUGAGACUCAACUCCACUUCAAAUUCUGCAUGUAGGAAAAUCAUUACUGCUGAGAGGUUUAACUCUGUUGAUCACAGCUGGGUGUAAUAGUUUGUAUCUGUGACCACACCCAACUCUAAUAAAGUACUGUAUAAUUGUACACUGUGAUGUACCAUGCAGGUACCACAGAGCAUGUAGCAGCCGCUCAACACCGUCUCACAGAAAUACAUGAAAUGGUCACAAGCUCUUGACCACACAGAACGUGGGGGUUUGCAUGAAAUAUGUUAAAAUCACAUGCUAGCAACACGGUGGUGAUUUUACCAGACACAAGUGGGCCCCACAUGGGUCAUGGUAAGUGGGUAUGGGCCCAAAGUGGGCAUUUCAUAUCUUAGACCAACUUGAUUAAACCCUCUCAUGUGAGCAUUUGGCAUGGGGCCAUUAUGGAACUCUUGGACAAUCCAACAAAGGGCCCAUUUUCCAGUUCAUUUACGACCUACAUGGCUGGGUGGUUAAAAGUCCAUCUUUGUUUGACCCAUCCGCUGCUGCCGGCCCUAUACAGACUUUAUUGCUCUUUGUACUCAAUUCGUGUGUCCACAAAACAUCCUCACUGACUUUGAAUUGACAUUGUCAUCGUGUCAAACUAAGAGUUUGUGUCAUGUAUUUCUAUGAGACCAGGUUGAACCACUAGAUGGCACUGCAGGCUGAGUUUAUACCUGGUUGUAGUUAUAUGUUAAAAAAAUCAGAUCUCAGCAGCUUGAAGUUAAUGUGUUCUCUCUCCCAGCUGGUCAAAAACCGACGCAUGGUCAGUGGCCUAUGCCUCAAACUAUGACACUGUAGGUACCCAUCAGAUCCUGCUGGUUACGUGCAUGCAGUGUCUUUUCAAAAUAAACUUCAGUUAUCACAGGAAAUGUAGAGUUUAUGAUCACGACAUGUACACAGUCUCUUUUUUUAUUUUAUUUAUUUUCUAUACCUUAUUAAUCCUGAGGGGAAAUUCAAUUACACACAGGUCUGAAAUACACACACAUGCACAA